CUUUCUUGUCCAAUCGGAAUGGGCUCUGAAGCAGAACAGAACUGCACAUGAACCUCGUCGUCCAAUAGGAACAGAGGGAGAUCGGAGGGAGGAGGUGGGCCACGAAGAGCACCACCAUGUGUAAUUUAGCAAUCUUACCGGCCGCCUUGGAAGAGAGGGCUUUUUGUACAAACAAUCUGACUUCCUGCUAUGAAACUCGGGAUUGCCGUUGGAAAUCUCCUAGUCUGAGUUAAAGAGAGGUGGAGAGGGACUUAGCAGGAGUGGAGAGCCAAAGCACGAAGCACACAAACUUGCACCAGGAUACACUGCUCCCAGCCGCACCAGGAUACACUGCUCCCAGCCGCACCAGGGACUUCUGCAGUCCUGUCUGUAGGGGCUGGGUCGUCACUCGCUCACUCCUGCCCAAUAGAGCGAAGGGGAGUAUUGGAAGGGGAUUGGCUACUCAGAACUCGCUCACCCCUGUCCAAUAGACUGAAGGCGGUGUACAGUUUGGGAAUUGGCUGCUCAGAACCUGCUCACCCCUGUACAAUAGAGCGAAGGGGAGCGCUGGAAGGGGAUUGACUGCACAGAACUCGCUCAGCGCUGUCCAAUAGAGCGAAGAGGAGUGCUAGAAGCGGAUUGGCUGCUCUGGACUGCAGCAGAUCUCCGCCGCCAUGGGGUGCAACAUGUGCGUGGUGCAGAAGCCUGAGGAGCAGUACAGAGUCAUGUUCCAGGAGGUGGAGCUGUACAAGCCCCACCAGCAGGACAAGCUGGGCUUGACAGUUUGCUAUCGUACAGAUGACGAAGAGGACCUUGGCAUAUAUGUGGGAGAGGUCAACCCCAACAGCAUAGCAGCUAAAGACGGCCGUAUCCGAGAGGGGGACAGAAUACUGCAGAUUAACGGUGUGGACAUACAGAACAGAGAGGACGCAGUGGCCAUUUUGACCCGGGAGGACAGCACCAACAUCUCCCUGCUCCUGGCCCGGCCCGAUAUAGAAAAUGAGAACCAACUGGACCCUGACGAGCUGGACCUGGAGCUGCAGCAGGCGGGCCUGGGGCUGGGCGCCCUGGACAACGCCGCCCAUCUGCCCAGCACCCAGCCGGCGAGGGCCGCGGGGCAGCCUGGGACCACGGAGCGCCGGGGCCGGGCUGCGUGCCGGGAGCCGACGUCCCUCCGGCAGACGGUCCUGAGUAACAGCCAGGAGCUGGACAGUGGCGUGGGCCGCACGGACGAGAGCACCCGAAACGAGGAGUCCUCGGAGCACGACCUCCUGGGGGACGACCAGACCAGCGCCUCCAACACCCCGGGGAGCAUGCGCAAGUUCCGGCCGGGCCGGGGGGACACGCCGCCCCUGCUGCACGCCCACGACUUCCACUUCAGCUCCGACUCCCUGCUGGGGCCGGACUGCGGGGGCGGGGGGGCUCAGGGGGACAGGUACGUCCCGGACCCCGUGGUGAUGAUGAUGCCGGGCCUCACCGAGGAAGAGUGCGAGAGGUACCGGGAGCUGCUGGAGAUCAAGUGCUACUAUGAGAAGAACGGGAAUGCCCUGCUGACGCCGGGGCCGGAGCGGGAGAGGGGCGGGCGGGGAGGGGGCCGGGCGCCCCUGGACAUGAACCGAAAUGAGAGCCUGAUGCAGCACGAGAUGGCGCUGCUGGAGGAGGAGCUGCGCCACCUGGAGUUCAAGUGCCGCAACAUCCUGCGGGCGCAGAAGAUGCAGCAGCUGCGGGAGCGCUGCAUGAAGGCCUGGCCGCUGGAGGAGGAGGAGGCGGGGCCGGGCGCGGCCGCGGGGCCGGGGCUGGCCGAGGACCCGUCCCAUCACGAGCUGUCGGACAUCACGGAGCUCCCGGAGAGGGAGCGCUCGGACAAGGACAGCACGAGCGCCUACAACACGGGCGGGGAGAGCUGCCGGAGCACGCCCCUGGUGAGCGAGCAGUUCCCGCCCGGCUCCACGCACGGGGAGGACUCCAGCGCCUCAGCCACCCUGCGGCCCCGCACCCCCAGCCGGCACCGCGACAGGAGCCAGGCCAACCCCGGGCGCUCCUACUCCCCCAACACCAGCCGCAAGUGCGAAGACGCGGGCGGGCGCACCAGCCCGGCCACCAAGUUCCGGUCCCUGUCCCGGGACGGGGCAGCCAGGAGGGGGUCAGAGGGGGCCAUGAGGAGGAGCCCCAAGAGUGGAGGGACGCUGGACAGGGGGGGCGGGCGCAGCGCAGAGACCAGCCCCUAUUUCUCCCGUCGCCACCGCUUGACCAAACUGCCCGAGCGAUACCAGAGCUGCAUGCAGCUGAGGUCCGCCUCUGCCUCAGAGAACCCCGCCCCCGCCUCAGAGGGCCCCGCCCCCACAGACUGCGCCGAGCAGAGAGGGGGCGGAGCCGGGGGCGAGACCAGCGGCGACCUGAGCCCCAUGAGCAUAGCCAGCUCCCUCAACCCUGCCGGGACGCAGAGGCCGGACCCUCCCCCGGGGCCCCUCCUGCCGCCGCCCUCCCCGCGGAUGGAGUGGAAGGUGAAGGUGCGCAGCGACGGCUCGCGGUACGUGGCCAAGCGGCCCGUGCGGGACCGCCUGCUGAAGGCGCGCGCCAUGAAGAUCCGCGAGGAGCGCAGCGGCAUGACGACGGACGACGACGCCGUCAGCGAGAUGAAGAUGGGCCGCUACUGGAGCAAGGAGGAGCGCAAGCAGCAGCUGAUGCGCGCCCGCGAGUACCGCCGCCGCCGCGAGUUCAUGAUGCAGAGCCGCCUGGACUGCCUGCGCGAGCAGCAGGGCGCCGACGGGAAGGCCGGCCAGCAGGGGGCGCCGCAGGAGGCCAGCAUCCUGGAGCUCAGCCAGCGCAAGAGCAUGAAGAAGAGGAGCCGCCGCAUCCUCGACAACUGGAUCACCAUCCAGGAGCUGCUCGCUCACGGCACCCGCUCCCCGGACGGGAAGAAGGUCUACAACCCACUCCUGUCAGUCACAACUGUCUGA